CUGGACAAGUGGGCCCUGUUCCUUGAUGAAAAGAAUUCCAAUAGGAGCGCUGAGUAUCCAACUAUUUUUCCCAAUCUUAAGAACUUUGACGAUAUAAUCAAGUGGUUCAUGCCUGUGCGCUCAAUUGCUGUUGCAAAGCAUCUUGCCAUUCAAAAGAAACCAAACUUUUCCUUGGCCGAUCAAAUUUUGAAAGAUGUUGUCAAUUCAGACAGCAAUUUCUUUUAUCCAGCCGCUCAUUACUACCAGGCGUUAAUUUUUCUCAAAGAGAACAAGUUCUUGAAAGAAAAAGAUGAAUUCAUUCGCAUGGUGCGUUUUGCGGAGACGGUUAUCAAUGACCACAUCGAUGCGCAGCUGUCUUUUAACAGCAUAAUGAACAAGUCAAUGUCAAAUUCAGUGAAAAUUUCUUCAUUUUGUGUCAUUGAUGGCUACAAAGAGCAGAAAGAAAAUAAUGUAAAGAUCAUGGAAUAUUUGCUCGGCUCUCUCCGAUCCUUGGUGGGCAAUAAUUGCUCCGUAAAAGAACUUCGUGGAAUCAGUAUAGCUUCUCCGAAAGAACCCAGUUUCUUCAAAAAAACUGCCAGCAAAAUUGCAAAGCUUGUGAGCGAGAACAACAAAACCGCAAAAGUGCGAGGAGGCCAGGAAAUGCGUAUGGAGCACGCGGACGAGCAUUUUAAAUCUCUAAUGAAAUCAGGAUGCAUUGCUUGUGAACUCAACCAUCCCGACACCAUUCCGAAUGCCAGCAUUUCCCCCAAACAAGUAGACUUCCACAACGCCAGUCGUGACAAUCGAAGUGCAUUGAUCCAACAGAUUGCCGACUACUAUGGUAUACCUGUACACAAAAAACUCGAAAAGACCCUCGAUUCAAUCUUCGGCAAUGCCGUAAGUGAAGAAGAGAUUGAAAAGGAAUUAAAAAAAGAAAAAUUGAUCCGAUUCAGUAGGAAGAUGUUCUGGAAGAAACUCGUCCGUACUAAAGUUUUGGAGUUUCUAAAGGGCGGCGUCCAAAUGGAAUGCGUCAUCAUGUCAGAGACGCAGUGCGACGGAAUUCCCAAGAUUGAUCGGAAUGAAGCAAUCACUUCAGACUUUGGAAUCGGCACUUAUAACCACGAACAGAAAUGUGUUAACGUCUUGUACCAUCCGAUCUACGACAACAAAGAGCAACUAAAGGAAAGAAAAAAGAUUAUGUUUGCCAAAACCUAUAUCAAACGAAUCCUAUCCGUCCCGGAAUAUGAACUUGGAAAACAAAAUUUCGAGUUCAAUAAGAUCGCUCGACUGGAUCUCAACAAACUCAAAGCUAUUGAUUUGGGGAAAUUCGGCCGUCUGUUUAAUGAGGAUUUCUAUCGAAUAAAUAUAAUUCCUGCUGAACGAGAUGGACUUUGGAACGAAUUGUUGAAGCGAAACGUCAUCGAUGAUCAAGGACUUCUCGCGGCUGACUACGAUGUUACCAAAGGAUUUGAAUAUCCACAGUGCCCAGUCUAUGCACAAGUUGUGACGCAGCUCAUUGGACGAAAGUUUGUCGCAGAAAUUGUUAGACGUCAGUGGUUAAAGAUACAAGAUUCAACGUCUGAAUGUGGUCCUGGUUAUCUGAAAGCCAUCAACUUGUUACCACUUAAACCAUACCGAGAUAUGCUUGGCGAUUUGAUGUCGGCUCACGUCAUUUCUGGAGCUCGAGUAAUAGAAGAUGAUGAAACGAAAUUAAGAGAAGGAAUUUCGAAGUUAAAAAUUGCUGACGACAAAGCACUUAUGCUGACGCACCAAGUUCUUUUAGAAUACUGCGAAAAUCAUCAAUCUGUCUAUUCGAGGAAGGUGACACCAGAAUUUUACCUCGACCCCUUGGAACGUAUUUUGCGCAGUUCUGGUUCCAGUAACAUGUUCAACGAACUCAUUCUUUUCCGUCUAAUGGAACUGGACAGUGUUAUCGACGUAAAGAAUCGGAAAUGGUCGUGGAAGAUGAUCUGCCUAACUUCACUUCUUGCUUCAAUAAUCAUCGCAGGGGGAGCCGCAUCAGUUGGCGCUGGAGCUUGCCUAACUUACAACCGCAUCCUGCCAUUGGGAAUUUGUAAAAAUUUGUUUUUCAUGGGAGGCUUCUCUGACGUUGCUUACGCCGUUACGACUAUUUUGCAGCGCAAGGACUUUACGUGGUCCGAUUACGGGCGCCAAAGAAUCAGGAGUGCCAUUGGGAAAGUUGACCCAAUAGAAACGAUCAAGAGCGUUUACGAAUUAUCUGCCUAUGCGAAGCAAGAUAUCAGACCACGGAUGGAAACGAACAAUGCCCACACAUGGAUGCAAAGAGGAAGAAAUCGCGGAGCUGAAAAUGGCAUAGCUAACGCGUACUGUAAAUCGUCUACUUGCAGUAAGACUGACGAUGAUGACAAUGAAGGCCAAACUGAAGAAAUGGGCUAAACAAUGUUAGAGGUCCUUUUGCUUUAGCAGUCAUGUAAGUUACUUUGUAAUUUUUUUCAACUAAUCAAGAACCAUCAGCUGGGCGACGAAACCCGAUUUUGCAGCCCACAUUAGGAGAUUUUCUCCAUGUAACACAGCCAUUCAUACCAAAGUUAAUCAUAAUUAUCUUUAGUUUUGAUUUCCCUUCAACAACUUACUUUAUUUGGUUUUUAGAAACGGUUGACGUACAAUAAA